UUCCUCUUUCUAUCCCUCAAGCUGUACAUUCCCGCACUGCUCAUCCAUUCCUCAGAACCACCAUACCAUUGAUGAGAAACAGUUGAAAAAAUAGAAAAGCUCAAUAAAUUUUUCCUUAAUUAGAAAUGGGUUCUUCUAGCAAGAGAAAACCCAUGAAGAAACCCGCUUCCAAAUCCAUUUCCAUCAAGAAUAACAUCCACAAAUCCAUUGAGAAAACCACAUCAAUACCCCAUUUUCACCAAUCCAUUGAUGCUCAAGUUUGCUCUUUGAACAACAAAAAUAGCCAAGAUGAGGAAGCAGAGGAAGUGGCGGAAGAGAGAGAAGAGCCAGGGCACGCCCACGCCCUGAAUGCUUCAGGUGUGCUCACACUAGAGGAAGUCUUAGAGCGAAGGUGUAGAAAGAUGAGGCAGUUGAUGGAUUUUUACAGGAGUUACUAUUGGGGCUUAAUGGAGGAGGUGAGGUUCAAGUAUAGGGAGUACUAUUGGAAGUUUGGGAAAGGUGGGUUGGAGGAAGAGAGAGAAAGAGAGGGUUUAGAAGGAAGCACAGGGGAGGAGAGAGAAAGGGAGGGUUUUUUGGGGAAGAAAGGGGAAGAGAGAUGUGGGUUUCUGGGGUGCAAGGCCAAGCGUAUGGCCAUGGCAGGCUUUUGCUAUACACACAUUCUCUCUGAUAGUAGGCAACAAUUGUAUAAGGCAUGUUCUUAUGUUGUCAAGAGUGUACAAACUGGGCCCAUCGUAUGUGGUAAACCGGUGCUGAAGGCAGUUGUGCCCUCCCUAUGUGGCAUCCACUAUGAAAAAGCCGAGAAACACAUUGCUCGAUCCCUGAAGAAGGCAGGCCUAAAUCAUAUGCCAUCUUCAAACAGGCCUGCUCCAAAAUUUCAUAUACUAAUCACUGAAUAUGUGCGCCAUAUUCAGGCAAAAAGAGAAGCUUGCAAUGUAAAUUGCAACAAGAAUGGAAAAAAUGGGCCUGAAACACUAACCGUAGUUAAGGAUGAGAGUGCUAAUUGAUGGUUUUGCUGCCUUCUGUUGAGUAGAGAGGAAGUUGAAGCAGGUGUUAUGAGUGAAGAAACUGGCCAAAAUAGAAAGAACAAGAAAAAUACUUUAUGAGAGAAGAUAAAGUUUGGGUGAAUAUUCAUUUCAUCCAACUGAGUUGGCAGGGGUCUAAUGCAUAGGGGCUCUCUCACAACUUGGAAGAGGAAUCAUGAGCCCAAAGCUAUUGGAAGUCAAGUAAAGGAUGGGGAUGUUGAGGAGGCUAUUGUUUGGAUGCUCAUAACACAAAUUGUGCUUCUACAAAUGGAUGAGGUAUUGGUUGUUAUACAAGAGAUUGUUAUUGUAAUUUCAGAAUAACAAUUAUUGCUGAGCAGUUCAGAGCAGGCACAAGGGUAUUGGACUGAGCUUCUUCUGCGGUCUUCAUUUAUCUGUCUUGCGGGAUCUACAGUCAAUUUUUUAACUUGUUGCGAGCAUAAGUGUGCUUCUCAGUAACGAUCAUCUUGAGAAGAAUACAUAAGCUUGGAUAGAUGAAACCAUAUAAAAUGAAUAUUAUUGCCGAGGUGAGUUUAAUAAUCAGUUAUUAUCUGCAAUCUAUGUAAAGUGCAUCCAAAUUGGCCUUUUAUCACAGGAAUGAUGAUUGAGAUAAUUGGCUAUGUAUUUGUAACUUAAAUUCAAUAAUUCAUUGAUAGUUAUCUUACUA